AGGGGAAAAGCCAGGUAAGCCACUGUUUUGUUCUGGAACGGCGUCGUUUUCCCGGCCCCGCCGCCGCCGCGGCUCCCGCGCUCGCCCCUCCUCUCGGGCCGCUCAGUUCCACGGUUGCUGGAGCGCCGGGCGGAGGACACCACCGAUGGCUGCUCUCCUCCCCGCAGGGCAGCGGUGGCGCCGGUGGCGUCGGCGGCAGCAGCGGAGGAGCCUCGUCCUUCUUCUUCCCACUCCCUGCCUGUCUGCCGCCUUCCCGCGUGAGGCGAGGCCCUCCGGCCGCCCCCCGGCCCGCGCGCGAGGGGAGAUAUGGGGCCGGGCGCCGGCGGGGGACUGGCGUGGCUGCUGCUGGCCUCGGGCGUCUUCCUGAGCCAGGCCUCGAGCCAGGCGCCGCCUCAGGGCUUCCGAUACGUCUCCUACGAGGUGAUCAUCCCGAGGAGGAUGGCGCCGCGUCGCGGGCGGGAGCCCCAAGACCUCACGUACCUCGUGGAGCUGCAGGGGAAGGGCCGCGUGGUGCACCUCCGGCAGAAGAGAGGCUUCGUGCCUCAGCACUUCCCGGUGUUCACCUACGGCAAGGAGGGAGACCUCCAGGCGGACUACCCUUUCGUCAGGGACGAUUGCUUCUACCACGGGUUUGUGCAAGGCCAGCCCUCCUCUCUGGUCGCGGUCAGCACAUGCUCAGGAGGCCUUAGGGGCCUCCUGCAGGUGGAAAACAAGACGUACGAAAUCGAGCCGGUCCAGGCACCCACGAACUUUCAACAUGUGGUUUAUCGGCUGGAAGAAAAGGAAGGCGCCGUCCGCAUGAGGUGCGGGCUCACUAAGGGAGAUCAAAAUCUCCAGGAGGCCACGAUCCAGAUCCCAGAAAAUGUAGAGCUCAAAAGUUCCCAGGGAGCACUCUGGCAGACACAUGCCAGAUAUGUGAAGGUUGCAGUUGUAGUGGAACAUGAGCUGUUUGUCCAUACUGGCAGAAAUGAAAGUCUUGCUGCUAGAGAAGUACUGGAUAUUGUCCAUAUUGCAGAUUCACUCUAUAAGCCUCUUGGAAUUCAUGUAGUCCUAGUUGGACUGGAAAUAUGGUCACAAAAGAACCUCGUGGCAAUUGCUAAAAGUAUAGAUGAACUGCUUGAUGUUUUUAAUACUUGGAGAAAAACGACCUUCAUCCACCAUCUAAGGCAUGAUGUUGGCCACUUAUUUGUAUAUAAGCAUUUUGGAGAUAAGCUUGGAUUAUCAUUUGUGGGAACAGUGUGUGAUCCCAUUUGGGCAUCUGCUGUCGAGGCAUUUAUUACUUCUAGUUUGUUCUCAUUCACUAUAACUUUUGCUCAUCAGUUGGGCCAUAACCUUGGCAUGCAACAUGAUGAGAAAUACUGCACUUGUAGUCAGCAUUCUUGCAUUAUGGCUUCAUUACAGAGCAACACAAGUCAGUUUAGCAAUUGCAGUUUUGAUAGUUAUUCUACCCUAAUGAAUAGUGGUAGGAAACAAUGUCUGUUAAUUCCACCAGAGCAUGAGAAACUGUAUGAGCUCGAAAACUGCGGAAACAAGGUGGUAGAGAGCGGAGAACAAUGUGAUUGCGGUUCAGAAUUUCAUUGUGAAUUGGAUGCAUGUUGCCAGUCGAAUUGUAUGUUGCGGUCAGGAGCCACUUGUGCUUCUGGAACAUGCUGUGCCAACUGUCAGUUUCUUCCAGCUGGAACAGUUUGUAGAGAAAGGACUGACAUCUGUGAUCUUCCUGAAUACUGCACUGGGAUUUCAGAGUGGUGUCCUGAAGAUGUUUAUGUGCAAGAUGGAGCUCCAUGCUAUGAUGGUGCCUAUUGCUAUCACGGGAAAUGCUCUACUCACAUUCAACAGUGCAAAAUGAUAUUUGGCAAACAAGCAACGGUUGCCCCACUAGAUUGCUUCAAAGAAAUAAAUACGCGAGGUGACCGCUUUGGCAAUUGUGGCAUUAUUCCUGGUGAUGUUUAUAAGAAAUGUGAAACAAGUAGUAUCUUGUGUGGAAGAGUCCAGUGCAUAAAUAUCGAUAAAGUGUCCAAUCUGAAUGAGCAUAACACCAUAAUACAAACUCCUGUUAACAACAACUUGUGCUGGGGUACAUACUACCCAAGUGGAAUGGGCAUAGCUGAUAUUGGAGCAGUGAGAGAUGGCACACAAUGCGGUGAUGGCAUGAUAUGUAUUAAUAGGUAUUGUAUCAAGGUAUCCCUUCUGAACUAUGACUGUAAUCAAACAAAGUGCCACAACAGAGGAAUGUGCAACUCUCAUAAAAAUUGUCAUUGUGACUAUGGUUGGGCCCCUCCAUAUUGUCUAAAUGAAGGUUAUGGUGGCAGCAUUGACAGUGGACCCCCUCCACCUAAGAGUGGCAAUUUAGGUAUGACUAUAAGCAUUGUAAUAGUUAUUUUUACUGUUGUUAUUGGAGCUGGGGUUGGAAUCAUAUAAGGAAUUUCACUGAUAGAAGGGUUGAAAUUACUUACUGUAUAUUACUCAUUGAAGUGUCAGACUCCAGUAAGCUCUCAAAAGACAGCAAGUCCUAAAGUGUCUAAUCUGACAUUGCAAACACUUAGGAGAUGUUGAGCUUAUAAAGGAUUUCACUCAGUACAUUAUGCUGCAAAUAAUGUAUUUUGUUGCUUGUAAAACAAGUCUGGCCUCUCAUAGUAAUUUAAAAAUCUGACUUGCUAUUAAUUUUCUAGGCUCAUCAGCUUAUGAAAAUACUUGGGCACCUAGAUAGUAAUGUUUGAGGAUGACUUCCCAUGGGGCCUGUUGUAACAUAAUUACUGUGGAGUAUCACAUAAACAGAGCACUCUAGUGUGGGUUGGGGCUGACCAGGGCCUGUUUAAAUAGGUCCUAUCAGACUGAUCUUAUUUGCAGGUCAUGUGGAGGUAAUGCAAAUUGUUCAUUAGGGAAAUAAAUUGAAACCUGACCAAUUAUUCUAAUUGGCACCUGUGGUAUUUAAAAACAAUGUACCUCUGCUCUCUGAAUGGAGAAACUGAAGUUCCAUGUUCUUGUUGAAGGCCAAGCAUAUCAGUAGUUAAUUUCCAAAACAAAAUGUUGGGUCCACAAGAAAGCUCAUGUAACGAUUUAUGCAUGCAUUUAAUAACAUUCCAUUGGAAGUGGACAUUUACAAAGUUUGCUCAAAGAAUUAAACUGGACAGUGUUUUACAGUUGCAUCUUCAAGCAAAUUAUCUAUAUGCCCAUUCAAAUAAAAUAGAUUCAAGCCCACAAGAAUCUUUCUAAAUGCCAUUUUGUGGAGGCAAAAGCAUACAGUGAAACUAACUUUUGUACGCUGUAAAUUAGACAGGAUUGGAAGCUUGGAAAAAAAUUGAAGUAGCAAGAGAAUGCCAUCCAGAGACAAACCUAGAAAGAUGAUACAUUCAAAAAGAAUUAUGAACAAUUCUUUUAACUGCAAUAAUGACAAUACAAUUGGUUUCUUCACACAUCUGAAAUGCCUUUAGGAAUGAGGUGAAACAUCUGACAAUUGCACAUUCACGAACCUCUUACUCAAGAUUUGUGUAGCUCUUUAAAUGAUAUUUAAUCAUGUGUUAAGUGUGUUGGGAACUGCAGCAUCCAUUAGUAGUAUAACUGACACACUGCUGCUCUAUACAUAACUCCAGUAUGUUAUGACUAUUCAUAAGCUGCCGCACAAGAAUAAAUGUAAACUCAUGCUUUUGAUUUGCAAUGGCAUACAAUAUAAAUUCUGGGAGAUUUCAUGUAUGGUUUUUGCAGAACACAAAAGUGCAAGCCAGCAGAGCUAUGUGGUAUAUGUUCUAUAGCAGUAUUGUAUGCCCUUUGAACAAUCAAACAUCUGGGGUGAAAACAUUAUUUAUGGGCCUGUGUAAUGUAAGAAAAUUGCUCUAGUGAAACUGGUUCAAUUAAAUACAAAUUUUGCCUUUCUGUC